AUGACUAAUACAAAAGUUGGUAAUGCUACAAAUGCAAAUUUCCCAGUUGACGAUGAUGGUGUUGUAUAUCAUUUGGGUGUUGCUCGUGAUGGAUUGGCACCAAGAGUAUUGACAGUUGGUGACUAUGGUCGUGCUGAAAAGUUAAGAGAUAAACUGUUGGAUGCAAAUACAAAGGUGACAACCACUCAACAUCGUGGAUUCCACAUUCAUACAGGUACAUACAAGGGUGUAAGAGUAUCGAUUGUCUCCAUUGGUAUGGGUACUCCAAUGAUGGACUUUUUGGUGCGUGAAGGUAGAUUCGUUGGUGUCGGUCCAAUGGCAAUCGUUAGAUACGGAACAUGUGGAUCGUUGCGUGACGUUCCAGUGGGUUCCCUGGCAAUUGCCAAGGAUUGUGUACUGAUUCGUCGUAAUCCAGAUCACUGGCACCCAGCCGCUGCCGCCGCCGGCGAUGUCAAACCAUACGACAUUUCACUGCCCUGGGAGGGUGACAGUGAGUUGAUCAGCAAACUCACCGAUGCCUUCAAAACAGAGAUUCCAGACAGAAAGGUCAUUGUCGGUACCAAUGCCACCGCCGACUCGUUCUACAGUAGUCAAGGUCGUCAAGAUUCAAACUUUGACGAUCACAACCAAGAUUUGAUCGACCAAAUCCUAAAGCGUUACCCAGAGGCAUCGACCUUGGAGAUGGAAUCAUUCCAACUCUAUCAUAUGGCCGCACGUUCCAUCGCUGUACCCAUCAAAGCUGCAGCUGCAACCAUCAUCCUUGCCAAUCGUAUCGAUAAUACAUUCCUUGACAACGAUACCAAAGUGAAAUUGGAAGUUGAAGGUGGACGUGCAUGUCUUGAAGCAUUAAUCAAGAUAGAUUUAUAA